AUGCAUGGCUGUUAAAAUGAAGAAGCUGAGGUGCAGCUGGGAAUAAAGUUGCAACACUUCUGAGCUAUGCCAGAUAUUCUCAUUUGGAUUUAAGGCUGGACUUUGACUAGGCCAUUCUGGCACAUUGAUAUGCAGGGUUAGGGUGAUUUUUCUGCUGAGCUGUGUACAGGUUUUCUCUGAGGACUAGCAUCCUGCAUGUGGCUCCAUUCAUCUUUCCUUCCCCAGGUGACAUAGAAUAUUUAGUUUUUUUCUGACACGCGUAACAUUUUAUUUAUUUAAUUUUUUUUGCAUUUCAGCCUAAUUUGGUCUCUGAGGAGCUUUUCCUAUGCUUGUAAAGUUCUCUACAUUCCUUCGGUCAAAACUGGAUUUCUUACAAUGAAGGCACUCUUCCACGAAGGUCAGAGGUUAAGUGUGGACGACUAUGCCUUUUGCUGAUUAUGCUCAUUAGUCGAUGAAAUGAGGGAGAGGGAGACGUGCAGGGGAGAAAGGACAAUAACAGUGAAUUCUGUGUGUGUGUGAUUGACAGAAACCGACUGCUGCAACAGCUGCGUGUUAGAGCAGACAGUGCAAAGGUUGCUGCUAUUAAUACGCAUAAACCUAGGAGACACUGCAUGUAAUUUACCACAUUCGUUUAAUAACUUCUUAGCUAAGCUAUCAUCACUGCAUCGCAUUAUUUCUCCUUAAUUCGACAUUGUCAGAAAUUGUCACAUCUGUGCUAUGUGACACAUUUAGGUCUCGGUGUGUGUGUAUAUGUCAGACAGAGAAGAUGCUGUGAUGGUUUAUGUUCAGCGGGCAAGGGUCAGCGUCAGAGAACAGCGGGACGGCUACAGUUACGAUUGAAAUAGAAAAGUAUUCUGAAUCUAUAAAAGCAGUAUGCCUGGGAUGAAAACACAGAGGUACAAGAGUAACAUGUUGUGCGGAAGCAAACGGGAGCAACCACAGAAAAAGCCAAACGUUCACAGGCACUCGGCUGCAGCUGAGGCCAACCACGUUGAGUCAACGGAUGGGGUAAAUUACAUCUGAGUCAGCACUGAAGAUUGCUGGAGCGAAGACCGCCAGGGCCAGGUUUCACAGCAGGCAGAUAUCUGGAGUCUAAGGAAUGCUCAGAGCCAGUUGUCACUUCGUUCACGUUGUGCAGCUGACGCCACGCACACGGAUGCAGGUUCACGGCCAACAACCAGAGACGUCCACUGUUUCCUAUAUGCAACCAGCAGCUUCGGAUUUCCGCAGGAUUGGCCGUCGAAGGAUCUGAUCUGGAGUUUUAAAACAGAAGCUCGCUUGGAGAAACGGAUCAAGGGGGGGAGGCAGUUCCUUUCUGCAUCCUUCUGGUCAUGACUUGUUGUCUCUGUUUGCAACAAAGUUUGGGCCUGGACUCAGUGCUGGUGCUGCUUUCAGAUGUUCCUCAACACGGUGCUGGUGGUCCUGACAGACCUGGCUGCCAGGUUGCUUGGUAACAAGCUGUUCAGGCAGCAUUUUCACCUGCUGCUCUCAGCUGUCCUGGUGUUCGGCCCUGCGCUGAGCCUCUGGGUUUCCCAUCACAGCAUCUUUGCCAGAAGAAGUCACUUCCUCUACAGGUUGUUCCUGCGCUCUGGUUGGGGCUGGACGUGCGUUUUCGUCGGGUCCUUCAUCUUCCUCUUCUCCUUCUCCAUCCGCCGCUCCGUCCUACACUCGCUCCGUCACCUCAGCAGGCUCGCCGUGGCUGGAGGGCUCUGGCUUUGUUUCUGCACACUGCUGGACCUCCUGGAGAACACCACAGGGAGCUGCUAUGAACCUCUGCCCGCUGGUCCAGAGGUCACCGGUGGGCAGCCUCUGCUGGUGCUCAAAGAGGGGGAGAGCAAGUCCGAGUGCCUGAAAGCUGGGUUGGUGUGGCGAGGUUAUGAGGUUUCAGAGGACGUCUUCCUUCUGUGUCUGUGCUGCCUGCUGCUGGCAGAGGAAACGUCAGUGUUUGGUCCCUAUCUGAGGCUUGGGGGCGUCUCAGACGCCCCACUGAGGAUCCUCUUUUUGCUCUGUGUUCUCCUUCUUGGACUGUGGAUCUUCCUGCUGCUCUGUCUCUUAGCCUACUUCCCCCUGUUCCCCACUCAGCUGCUAGGAGGGGCGCUAGGCUGCCUCAGCUGGAGGGGACUGUAUCAGGGCUGGUACCGCAUGGGGCCCAGCUGGUACUGCCCAGGAAGGCCUGGUCAGGGACUGCUCAACAUAAAGACCAGCAGCACUGGGGCGGAAAACACACUAAACCACAAUCACUACAAUUAACCGAUGAAAACAGAUUCAACACUUUGAGCUUAAACAUUAAAAGUCUUUAAAUCUUCAACAAAAAUUUGCCUGGAAAGUUUCGACAUUUUCUUUCACUCUCUAUGUGUAAACCUGUCAUUACGUUGCAUUGAUGGUGCUUCAAACAUUUUCCUUACAUAUGUUGCACAACUUAAAUGGGAUAUAUUAUGCAAAAUUUG